UCCCUGGCAAUUCGCACUCUGAGCAAAACCCUAGCAGGCACAGCCGCAGCCGCAGCGCCCACCCUCCUCCCCCACGACAGGGGCGGCGGCGUGGUGAGGAAGAGUACAGGAUGGCGACCUCAACUGCGCGCACGGUGAAGGACGUCAACCCCCACGAGUUUGUCAAAGCCUACUCCGCCCACCUCAAGCGCUCCGGCAAGAUGGAGCUCCCAGAGUGGGUUGACAUUGUCAAGACUGCAAGGUUCAAGGAACUCCCACCAUAUGACCCUGACUGGUACUACAACCGUGCUGCCUCGAUUGCAAGGAAGAUCUACCUGAGACAGGGCAUUGGUGUGGGUGGCUUCCAGAAGAUCUAUGGUGGGCGUCAGAGGAACGGCUCACAGCCCCCGCACUUCUGCAAGAGCAGUGGUGCCAUUUCUCGCAACAUCCUGCAGCAGUUGCAGAAGAUGGGCAUCAUUGAUGUUGAUCCCAAGGGUGGAAGGCUCAUCACCUCCCAGGGAAGGCGUGAUCUUGAUCAAGUUGCUGGAAGGGUGGUUGUUGCCCCCUAAGCAGUUUAAAUCCUCUAUGAUGUUUGGUAGCAGAAUUUGUCUACAGUUUUGAAUCAGGAUAUCUCCUGCCUUUGUUGGUUAAAAGAAUUCAAGUAGGAUGCACCCAGUUAUGCUUCUGUGCAAUAUUUUCUGAACUAAAUUAACUGUCAAUUAUGGUUAUGUGAACUCAUGUUGUGUGGUAUGUGUUGUAAUUGGUAAUGGAAGUCUGCUACAAUCGUUGUUAUCACUCAAUACAAAUCUACAUUAUGCCA